AUGCUUGGCAAAAAAGCGGCAAACUACCAGCUGGUGUGUGUGAAACCGGUUUGGGAGAACAACAGGUCUCGACUGUUCUCGUUUCGUUCCGGUUUAGACUCAGUGAUUGAUGGCAGAUCAGGUUACGUUCACAUGCCUACUCGCUUGAGUCGGGUCUACCGAGGCUGGCAUCGAUUCAGUCGGCUCCACAGUUUCACGCUCCAAUCGGCGAGUCGUAGCAGACUCCGCCGUCUCAGGCAUGGCGUCAUCUUGGCGACACUCGGUACCGAAGUAGGCCGUCGAGCUGCCGCCGACCUGCCUCUGGCCCGCAAAAACGGGACUCGGAGACACGCUGUGCGCUCAGCACAGAGUCGACAUGGGCGUAGACAGGUCUCGAGCAGUCUCGCAAGACCACAGUUUCGUGUGAAAGUCGGUGCUGCUCGGCUGCUCAGAGCUACGCAGUCGACGAGAUCGUUUCCUUCAAUUCGGAGGCAAAUGGGCUAA